AUGCUCCAGCGGCAAUCAGUUCAAUGGCACAAGGCCGUCCGGCUGAGAGCUUUUGUUGUACAGACAAGAUUUCUCUCAGCUGACAGGCAAGGCCCCCCGCCAUGGCGACCAGGCUCCGUUCUAGACGAAUGGGUUGAACGUGAAGUGAGGCCGAUUAGUUUACGUCAGUUGACUUUCUUUGGCCGCACGAUCACCGAGUCACGGUUGAUCAGCUCGGCGAACUAUGUGCGUACAGAGCUUCCCACCAGAAUCGCCCACCGUCUUCGAGACAUGCAGAAACUUCCCUACGUUGUUGUCACGAACCCCCACCUAUCUCACGUUUAUGAACUCUACUACAAGGCGUUCGAGAAGUUCCGCGGUGUCCCUGAAAUCAGAACCUUGGAAGACAAUGACAAGUACUGCGAUAUUCUGCGAGCCACGCUCAAGGAACAUUUAACUGUAAUACCGAAUCUUGCAACGGGUGUGUUGGAGUGCCAAGAUCUAGUAAAACCGGAAGAAAUGGAUCGGUUCAUGAAUACCUUGUUGCGUGCGCGAAUAUCACGUCGAGUUAUUGCCGAACAACAUCUUGCGCUCACAGAUACAUUCAAUUCACCUUCGCAUUUUCCGGACUCCAAGGACAGGACAGACCUCAACGCAGACUUCGUGGGAGAGGUAUUUCUGAGAUGCAAUGCCAAGGAGGUCGUUGAAAAUUGCGGCAAACGCGCGACAAUGUUGUUAAAACAAUCACUCGGAACUGACUGCCAGGUUCCCGAUGUGAUUGUUCAGGGUCAUCUGGGAGCGACAUUUCCUUAUAUCCUAAGUCAUUUGGAAUAUAUUAUCGGGGAAUUACUACGAAAUUCCUUCCAGGCAGUUAUCGAAAGGUUCAGCGGCAGGCCCGAACGGCCACCUCCCAUUGAAGUUUUGAUCUGCGAAGCUCCACAGCAUGUCAUUAUUCGGGUUUCUGAUCAAGGGGGAGGCAUCUCUAGAGAGAUUCUCCCGUACCUAUGGUCAUUCUGCAAGGGACCGCAUACUCAAGCCCGCCUUCGGAACCUGGAGCAGGUACCUACCAUGGCGGCGACCAUGCAAGAAGUGAAAGUUUCCGGCACGAGAUUCGAUGAGCAGGGAGAAAGCCACUACUACAAUACCAAUGGACAUCCGCAUAGAGACAGUUCAUUGGCAUCCCUUAGUUCUCGCCCUCCGAAUUUGCGGCUUGGCAUGGGACUUCCGAUGAGUAGGGUUUACGCAGAGUACUGGGCUGGCAGUUUGGAGCUGCAUAGUCUGGAAGGGUAUGGUGUCGAUGCGUUCCUGCAAAUUUCCAAACUUGGGAAUAAGAAUGAGCAGGUAACCACGAGGGCUUCGAUAGAUGCAGUGUGA